UUUUAUUAGACAUUUCAAUGAACCUUUUAAGUUUUAAUGCAAUUGUAACUGAAUUUUAAGAAAUUGUUUUAAAUAGUAAAUUCUAAAUUAUGACACUAAAACGUCGUCCUUUAAGAUAUGCACAUUCUAAUGGUUAUACAGAUGUGUGUUACUCUAGUGAUGGGAAACACUUAUUAACGUGUGGUCGGGAUGGAGAUAUCCGAGUUUGGUUAGGUGUAGAAGAUGAUGAUCCAAAUUCGUUAUUAGCCGGAGAUUAUGCCCAAUGUGUGCUGCUGGAUGAUAGCAAUAAUAUAUAUGUAGCGAACGAUGGGUUGAGUGUACAAAUUUUAUCUUUCCCCGAUGGAAAACGAAUGGGGAUUUUAACAAAAUUCACAGCUCAUGUUAAUCAUAUUGCGCUUGAUAACACACGAAAAUUUUUAGCUGCAGGCAGUGAAGAUAUGACUGUACAUGUAGUUUCUUUAGUUGAUAAUAAAGUUAUUGAAACGAUAUCCGACAUUGAAGGCCCUGUAUUAAGCGUUGCACUAAGCCCUGAAGGAAAACAUGUUGCUAUAAGUUCUGGAGACGGUUCAUUAAAAAUAUGGUCUGUUAACGAAAAAACUGCUAUAAAAGAAUUCAAUUGUGUACCCUGUGUAAACAGUUUUGCAAGUGCAACCGUUUUAUGUCGGACGAGUUUUGAACCAACAAAUGGUCAUUAUUUUGCAUAUCCAGAUGUAACUGAAGUGGUUGUUAUUGAUACAAAAAAUUGGUCAAAAUUUGUAUCGUUAAGUGAUCCUGCUGCAAAAGGUCCUUUUAGUGUAGUCGCAUUUUCGCCAUGUGGAAAUCAUAUAGCUGCAGCUACUUCCAAAGGUUGUAUUAGUGUUUGGAAUGUUGCCUCACAAGAACUGAUUGGAAGUACGCCACAUCCAAACAAGAACGAUGUUUGCGCAAUGGUUUGGAACCCAUUAGGUACUGGUGAAAUCGUUUAUUGUGAUAUUACCGGUCAGUUAGGUGCGAUAGAAGGUUGUAAUGGUUCGUCUGGAUCAAACAUCGAAAAAACUUCGGAUACUUUGAUGAAAACAAUUGAAGAUAUUUCAGAAAAUUUUGGACUUAGUGAUGACGAUGAAGAUAACGAAAAUGCAAUAUCACUAGAAAAAUUAAAAGCUAGUACUACAUUAGGAAUUGGAGAAGAUGGUGCCUUAAGCGAUACCGGCGAUGACGCAACAGUUAAAGAGUCGUCUCGCGCCCAAUCCCGAAAUUCUGUCGAUGUACCUUUAAUUUCAUCAUUAAAUCGUUUACAAGCCCCAUUUCAACCCAGUUCCACACCAAGUCACUUAAAUGAACGGUACUUGGUUUGGAAUGAUGUAGGAGUAGUCCGUGCCUUUGCUGGAGAUGAUACAAAUCCUUCAUUUAUCGACGUUAAUUUCCAUGAUAUUAACACACAUCAUUUAAUGCAUUUUCGUAAUGUUCUGGGUCAUACUAUGAGCUCAUUGUCCACAAGUUGUUUGGCAUUAGCCUGUGAAGCACCCAGUAAAUUAGUUUGUAUUACACUAAGUGGUAACAAGGAAUGGCAAAUGGAUAUGCCCGACGGAGAAGAAAUCAUAUGCGUAACAGCAUCAGAAACUCAGGUAUCCGUUGCAACUGAUGCUCGAAUGCUACGAAUAUUUUCGAUUUAUGGAACCCAACGUGACAUAGUUUGUAUACCGGGACCAGUGGUUGCAAUUGCUUCCAAAGCGAAUUCAAUUAUUGUAGCCUACCAUAAUUCUGUAGGUAUUGGCGAUGAUCAGAAUAUAAUGUUGAUGAUAAUUAAUAUCAAGGGAAUUAGCAUGCAAACAACUGAAAUGAAAUUACCGUUGACUCCAGGGUCAUCGCUAGCUUGGUUAGGGUUUACAAACUUAGGAUCACCAUCUGCUUUUGAUUCAAGAGGAAUGCUACGAAUAUUUUCACCAAAAUCAACAGCAUGGCAUCCUGUUUAUGACCAUUCUGUAAAACGAAAAGGUGUAUCUGAUGGUUUAUUUAUAAUAAGUAUCGAUGAAAUUAAUCAAUGGAUCAAUGCAAUAUCUUGUAAAGGGUCCUGCUAUCCCCCAAUUACACCAAAACCAAUUAUGUCCGAGCAUAGAUUCUUUACUCCAGUCUGUGAACCGGAAAGUGAUAAAUCACAAAUUGAAGAUACCUUUAUUCGAGCUUUACAUUCACAGGAUAAAACUGGAACUAUUUUAGAAUCAGCAUUGAAACUGUUUACGAUGGCUGUCGGAUGUGAUUUCGAACAACGUUCUUUUGAACUGGCCGAAAUGUUAAUAAGUAUACCGAGAUUUGUUGAAAUCGCAUGGAAAUAUGCGUCAAAAAGAAAUCGUGUUACGUUGGCUGAUAAAUUAACAGAAUUGAUUGAAAAAAAGGGUGAAGAUGAUAAAGAAGAUGAAUUGUCUGAUAACGAAAUGAUUUCAAGUAUACGUGAUAAUAGACAAGAGUUAAUGUGUUCGUUAUCGACAAAAGAAAAUCGAAAUGAUAAAGUCAUGCCAGAAAAUGUUCUACGACCUCUUCCGGUAAAACACGAUGGAAAUAAUCGUGUAGUUAGCUGUAAAUCGGUAGAUUCUGAGAUGGAAUCAGAGUCUUCUAAUUUACAAGAUACGCCACCAUCUUUGAUGUCUAUGAUUGGUAAUUCAAAAAGUAAACGUAAUCCAUUUAGUAAAAAUGGUAAAGCACCAUUUAGACGCCAUCCAAAUCCAUUUGAUGUUUCGGGUAGUGUAGUUCAACAAAAUGUUCAAGAACCAAAGGUGAAAACUUUCGGUUCCACAAUUGGUAUCAAACGUAAACAACCAGAAGAAGCUACAGUAAAUGUUGAUGCUCAAGAAGGUAAAAAACAAUCAAAAUUAAGUCAUUUUGCUUUCAGCAAAACUCCUUCAGAAUAA